AUGCUACGGAGAAGUUUUACACUUUCAUCGAGUUUUAAAAGGGAUCAAACGAGUGAGACAUCACUUCAUCAGCUCAAUAGAUGGAUAUUAGAAUAUUUGACCUUUCAUGGGUUUUUUGAAACAUCAGCCACAUUUGAGCAAGAGAUUAACAAUAGAUUACUCAAUGAAAGGCCAACAUCAGCAAGAAUCGAUAAUCGUUCAAAAGUAAUGCCCGAGUCCCAACGAACUCAAAUCAAAGAUGAAAUGAUGUCCUCAUUGGAAGCUGGUGAUUACAAGAAUUAUUUUUAUUUGUGGGAAAAGCAUGUGUCUCCAAUGCUGAGAUCUAGUGAUCCAGAGACGCUCAAACUUGAAUUUUUCACUCGAUUGUAUUGUGCCACAAUUCCAAUGAGAGAGAAAAAAGACAAGCAAGAGCAUCGAAAAUACAUUCAAGAUUUUAAGCAAUACCUUGAUAUGAAGGCAGCAAUUUUGUCGACCUUUUCUGAGCUGCUUCCGUAUUAUGCAUUUCCGUAUAUUCCUGACCCUCCACACAUCCCUCGUUUGUCAACAUGUUCCAGAAUCAAGACGUAUUUAGAGAGCACAUUUUCAAGAAAUAUUGAGCAGCCAUAUCUUCAUUCGUUAGCUUCUUCACAGUCGCAACCUAGUGUUACCUCCAGUUCCAAUAAUUUACUCUCUUCCAUGAAUUUAAAUAAUGGCUCAGGAUACAAACAAGUUGUCGAGCAACAGAAAAAAGAGUUUACUGCCCAUAUGGACUUUAUACAAACCAAGUAUAGAGAACUUUUUGGAUUGAGCACCGAUUUAAUUCGGGCAUUGGAAGGAGUCAUGUCCGGAAAGAAGUUGAACAAGCAAUUUUUAAAUGUGAUUGAGGACUCGUUAGGAUCUUUACAAUUGGAGUCAAUUCUACCCUCUAUGAUUCCAAGGAACGAAGAAAAUAGCAAUGACAAUGCAAUACCAUUUGUUUCUCUCGACUAUGCCAAGUUGAAACACUUUUUCCUAAAAGAGAGCAACUCUGCAGUGAUACCAUACGUGCUGCAAGCUCUUCGUUGGAGAUUGUCCAAAUCCUCGAGUUUACGAAUGAAAAUUAAUAAUAUGAAAACAAUGAUCUAUUAUGACAUUUUUGGAAUUGUAAAUAAUGACAAGGUAGGGCUAAUAUUGAACUUUAUAUUUUAUCUUUUAAUGUAUGAUAAUCUUUUUUAUCAUUUUUUGAUAUUGAUCAACAUUAUUGCUUCGGAAAAUAUUGGACUUGUAUAUCUUACCAAAGAUUUUCCCAGAAACUCAUUGGUAAGCGACCUAAUUCAAAUACUUGAAGUGGAACAGUCAGAUACCAUUAUUCGACAAAACGUCAUUGCAAUCCUACAAAAAGUUAGCGUAAAAUCUCGACCUCAGCUUCAAAUGAUUGAAAGCGACGUCAUUGAAACAUUAUGCAGAAUUCUUAGUGACGGUGCUCAAAUGUGCAGUGAGUAUUCAACAGAGUAUGGAGUGGCCUUACUGAUGAAUUUAUGUUUGGGGAAGGGAGCCAUCGUACGUUGCGAAAAAACAGACUCUAUCAUUGAUGUGUUGAUGGAUUUGGCACAACAUGAAAGUCCUCAAGUAAGAACUUAUGUCAAUGGCACUUUGUAUAGUCUACUGAAUUCUAGUGCUGUACUGAAAGAAAAGGCAAUCUCGUGCGGUAUUGAGGAUCGUCUCAGGAUUAUUAAACAACAAUCAGAGGAUGAACUCGCAAAACAAAUUACAUUCAUUCAGCAAGUUUUAGAGCGAGAAACAGUGGAGGGAGAGACAGAAGAUGAGAACCUUGACGAUGAAGAGGAGGAAGAUCUCAAUUCAUUACUACUCCAAGAUGUAGAAUCAGAUGAAGUGAUUGAUACUGAAUUGGAAGAGGAGAGUUUAUUAUGGUCAGAAGAUCAACCUAUAGGAGAAGAGUUGCUGUGUAAUUUCCUUGCCUCCAAUGAACAAGCAGAGGAAGAGCAAGACUUGUUAAAAUCAAAGGAAUAA